AUGCGAGCUUCUAGAGCGGAGGUCAAGCCGGACUGGGCAUUUAAGGCGUGCAAGAAGCAAUCGUGCGACCAACUUCUAGCGUUCAAACUUGGCCAGCUUGCCAGUAUAUACACCACCACCUGGUUAUUGAAACGGGUGGAUGAUUACCAUUUUGUUGUUUCGGAUGGUAUAUCAUCCCAGAACGCCCGAAGCUUCCCUGAUGACCCUGUGACCAUGAGAGAAUGCCUGCUCUUCCUCUUGAAAAAGGCGGCAGACCAUGAGGCAUCCUACUACCCUAGGGUGUACGGCAUAGACCUCAGGUCUAACAGAAGAAGGUAA